CCCCAAAGGACAUUCCAGCCAGUAUCGUACACCCCAGAAGAGUACCAGCGGAUCCAGCUGCUCCUCGACAAGGUGUUGGGGCCAGAAUACGUCAGCUCCCGGCCAGGAGGCGGUGGACAGAAGGUGUCGUACAUCGAGGGCUGGAAGGCGCUCAAUCUUGCCAACGAGAUCUUUGGGUUCAAUGGGUGGAACUCGGAGCUCAUCAGCACCCAGGUGGACUAUUUCGACACCCACGGUAACUCAGGCCGUUUCUCCAUGGGCCUUUCGGUGGUGGUACGCGUCACCAUCAAGGAUGGCGCCUACCACGAGGACUUUGGGUAUGGAUACAUCGACAACGCCAAGAGCAAGGCCAUGGCGUUCGAGAAGUGCAAGAAGGAGGCGUUCACAGACGGCGUCAAGCGGUGCUUGAGGUGCUUCGGAAACGUGUUGGGCAAUUGCUUGUACGACAGAAACAUCAUCUCCAAGAUCCAGAAGGUGAAGUUGCCACAGCCAGACCUCGAGGACAGCGACUUCUACCGCGACCCAAUGUUGGUGGAGCGUGAGCGAAGGAAACUCACCAGCACCAAGGUUAAUCUCCUUGAGAGACGAGAUCCAGCCGCUCCAGUGGCACCACCAGCACCAAAAGCCACCACCAACCCCGUACCGACUACUCCCAAUCCGAGCCACGCGUCUGGUGCCCCUCAGAGACACACCAGUAUACCCCCCGGCCCACCGAAGACUAAGACAUACACUCCUAGUGCCCAGGAGCUUGAGGAGUUGGACGAGUCGUUUUUCAGCGAUGACCUAAUGGAGGAAGCUGAACCCGAGGACAAGGGCUCCAAGGAUACGGAUAUAGAACCCAGACAGCUGGUUCCUGACAAGCCACAGCAGUUCCCGUUGUUUGUGAGCGCCAAAGGGGCAGAUUUGCUCCAGCAAACCCCCGAAGAUAUCACCAAAUUGCCCCAGUUUGACCCCAAGUUCGUAUCACCCAACAUCAAACGGACGUUGCCUAACACCUCGGCGCCAGUGAAGCGUACUGAGGUGUCUGCUGUCUCAAGCCAGAGCAUUAGCCGGGUGUAUCCACCUAGCCAAAGCGAAAACAACGCCUUGGGCAAGCGGAUAGGGAUGCCACCCAGCCAGCGACCGGCAAAGCGA